AUGUUGCGGAGAUUCUCCACCACCUUCAAGAAGUCGAAAGGCGACCGUGAGCCCAAGCAGAACCAGAAUGGCGCGCAAGUAAAUGGCACCAAGCGCCAGUCCAAGAUGUCGUCGGCGCCUCUCUCAUCGUCCGACGAAGACCCGAGCGAAACACUGGAAGAUGGCGUGUCUGUUUUUGACAAGUAUGCGCAGGUGCUCCAUGCUUCGCGACGCCCUCUGCCGAAUCAGACUGGCGAUGGCACCUAUCUUGACAAGGAACACUCCGGAAGCCUGUUCCAAGAUGUUCGCGCUCUGGGCUUUCGGGAUGUUGGGACCGUGAGAGAUAUCGUGAAAACGAAGGCGAAGGGAGAGCACACCGACGAUAAGACCAUGUUGAUGGAGCGCAUUAUUCAGCUUGUCGCUGGUCUUCCAGGGAACUCGAAAACCCGUACCGACCUUACGAAUGCCUUCUUGGAUCAGCUAUGGGGUUCUUUGCCCCAUCCCCCACUCUCAUUCAUGGGAAAUGAGUAUGCGUAUCGCAGCGCAGAUGGCUCAAACAACAACCCUACUCUUCCUUGGCUUGGAGCUGCCAACACGCCCUAUGCUCGCUCGAUUGCUCCAUUGACCAUCCAGCCCGGCGGACUGCCCGAUCCAGGCCUUAUCUUCGAUUGUCUUUUCGCCCGUGAGAAGUUCACGCCUCAUCCGAAUAAGGUCUCUAGUGUUUUCUUCGAUUGGGCUUCUUUGGUCAUCCACGACAUCUUCCAAACUGAUUACCGAAACCCUCAUAUCAACAAGACCUCGGGUUAUCUCGAUCUUUCUAUCCUGUACGGUGACGUCCAAGAAGAGCAGGAUCUGGUUCGAACGCAUGAAGGUGGCAGACUGAAGCCCGAUACUUUCUCCGAACCCCGUCUCCAGGCCUUCCCCCCAGCAUGCUCGGUGAUGCUGGUCAUGCUGAACAGAUUCCAUAACCAUGUUGUGGAGCAACUUGCCGAAAUCAACGAGAAUGGUCGCUUCAACAAGCCUAGCCCCCGUCUUUCCGAGGAGGAGGCCAAGAAAGCAUGGGCGAAAUAUGAUGAGGAUCUCUUCCAGACAGGCCGACUUAUCACUUGCGGUCUCUUCAUCAACAUUACCCUGUACGAUUACCUGCGCACGAUCGUCAAUUUGAACCGGGUCAACAGCACCUGGUGCUUGGACCCUCGUGCCCAAAUGGAGGGUAACAGCACUACUCCGUCGGGAUUGGGCAAUCAGUGCUCCGUCGAGUUCAACCUUGCCUAUCGCUGGCACUCCGCCAUCAGUGCCAACGAUGAGAAGUGGACCGAGCAGAUCUAUGAAGAGCUAAUGGGGAAGCCUGCUGAGGAGGUUACUAUGCAAGAGCUCUUGAUGGGACUCGGAAAAUAUGAGGCGAGCACGCCCAAGGAUCCUUCCAAGCGUACCUUUGCCCAUCUUGAACGUCAGGAAGACGGCACUUUCAAAGAUGAGGAUCUCGUGACCAUCUUGGCCAAUGCGACUGAGGAUGUUGCCAGCUCUUUUGGCGCCCGUAAUGUGCCCAAGGCACUCAGGUCUAUUGAGAUUCUGGGUAUCCAGCAGGGUCGUCGUUGGAACGUGGGUUCUCUUAACGAGUUCCGUAAAUUCUUCGACUUGAAGCCUUAUGACACCUUCGAGGAAAUCAACUCGGAUCCUGAGGUCGCCGAUGCUUUGCGCCAUCUGUAUGAGCAUCCGGAUUACGUGGAGCUGUACCCUGGUAUUGUUGCGGAAGAAGCCAAGGAGCCCAUGGUUCCUGGUGUUGGUAUUGCUCCUACCUACACCAUCUCUCGGGCUGUCCUGUCUGAUGCCGUGGCACUUGUGCGUGGUGACCGCCACUACACGAUCGACUACAACCCGAGAAACCUGACUAAUUGGGGAUACAACGAGUCCCGGUACGACCUCAACAUCAACCAGGGCUGCGUGUUCUACAAGUUGGUCGCGAGAGCCUUCCCCAACUGGUACAAGGCCGAUUCGAUCUAUGCCCACUAUCCCAUGACGAUCCCCAGCGAGAACCGCAACAUCAUGAAGAAUCUCGGCAGAGAGUCGCACUACUCCUACGACCGGCCCAAGUUCACGCCUCCCCACGUGAACCUGGUCUCUUACCCCAAUGUCAAAUUGGCCCUGGAGCAGGAGAAGGACUUCCGUGUCGUCUGGGGCGGCUCCACCAAGCUCAGCCCUGGAAAGGGUGGAAAUGACUUCUGGAGCAAGUCGCUCAACAACGACCAGUGGCGCAAGAACAUUAAGGAAUUCUACGAAGAUGCGACCAUCACCCUUUUGCAAGACAAGUCGUGCAAACUCGCAGGAAUUAGACAGAUCGAUGUUGCGCGAGACCUUGGAAACCUGGCGCCUGUUCACUUCGCCUCCAAGAUCUUCUCCUUGCCUUUGAAGACCAAAGAGAACCCCCGGGGUGUUUUCACUGAGCAUGAGAUGUUCAUGAGUCUGGCUGUGAUCUUCACCAGUGUUUUCUUUGACGUGGACAAGAUGAAGUCAUACCCCCUGCACCACGCGGCGCACGCUGUCGCUCAGCAGCUGGGCCAGGUCAUUGAGACCCAUGUCAAGUCCAUCAACUCCCCUGGCUUCCUCUCCGCAAUCAUUGAUAGCUUCACCGAUGACCACAAUGUCCUCAAGGACUACGGUGACCAGCUAAUUAAGCAGCUCCUGGAGACCGGCCUGGGUGUCUCUGGAGUUGUCUUCGGCCAGAUCCUGCCAGCGGCUGUCUCCAUGGUGCACAACCAGGCCCAGAUGUUUACUCAGAUUCUGGACUACUAUCUAUCUCCUGAUGGCAAGAAGCACCUGCCAGAGAUCAACCGCCUAGCCAAGCAGGAAGGCAAGGAGUCAGACGAUAAGCUGACUCGCUACUGCCUGGAGGCCUUCCGUCUCAACGGAACCUUUGGCUCCUACCGGGAGGCGCAGAGAGACUUCACGGUCAAUGAUGUGAACGGACCCGUUCACAUCAAGGCGGGUGACACCGUCUUCGUUGGCGCUGUUAAAGCCAACCGGGACCCUCAGGUGUUCCCCGACCCCAAUGAAGUGCACCUGGAUCGCCCGCUGGACUCGUACAUCCAGUACGGCCUUGGCGCCCACACUGGACUGGGCAAGGAGGCCACUCUGCUGGCCCUGACAGCUAUGCUGCGUGUGGUCGGUCGUCUGGAUAACCUCCGCCCUGCCCCCGGCGCCCAGGGCCAGGUGAAGAAGAUCUACAACGAGAGUGGCUACUAUGUGUAUAUGCGGGCGGACUGGGGCAGCUACUCGCCCUUCCCAACCACCUUCAAAAUCCACUUCGACGGAGAGCUUCCCACCCCUAAGAAGCGGGUGCACUAA